AACAAGUCUCCAACUACCCACGUUUCAGUUGACGAAAGUAUCCACCUCUACAUUUCGAGGCCAGACGACGAGUACAACUACAAGUUGGUAUACCGCGUGGCCACCUAACCACUUUCGAUAACAGAGGGGUCAAGCUCAUAAAACGAGCGCUUCCCUCCUGUCUCAUUCCUGCAGGUUGGCUGACGUCACUAGAAACAAAGAUGGCGGCACGCGUAGCAGCAAUAGCAAAGCCUAUGAUGAAUAAACUGACAGACAGCUUGUUAGAGUCCGUCUACACAUCCAGCAAAGGUAGCGAAUGUUUGCCAGCAGAUGCAGGGACAGGACAUGACUAUCUGGUGGAUUUCCUGGAGAAGGAGGUAGGCAGCGACCUGAAGUCCCUGAAGAAUGUUGGUGACCUGCUAGAAAAACUGCGCGAGGAAAACAGCGUCCUGGAAGAACAGGUUGUAACCGUAUCCAGCUGUGUGCCUCCGAAGGUUUCUGCAGCUCUGUCUGCUGCAGAGGAGGCAGCGUGUUCCCUGAAGGACCUGCUGCAGAGAGAGCAACUUGUUUCCAACAAACUGCACCAGCACCUGCAGGGGGCCCAGCCAUGGAUGGACAACCUCGGCGAGACGCUCAACCAAGUGGACACUAUAGAGAGACAUGUGAAAUACCUGCGGUGCCUUCAACAUAUAGAGGAGCUCAGUGGUGCAGUCCAGCAGUGUCUGAUGACCAGCAGUGUGUGGGAGGCCAUAAGGGCAGUGGACAACAUGGCCGCACUGGACGCCGGGCUGAACCAGUCAGGAUGUUCUCACCUCCAGGACUACCUCAGAGAGACGCUUCACUUCUGGCACAAGAUCAUCAAAGACCGACUGGCCAGCGAUUUUGAGAAAGUGUUGAUUCAACUUCACUGGCCGAUCAUCUCCCCCCCGACUCAGUCACUGACGCCGACGGCCAACGGUCAGGAGAUCAACAGCCAGCUGGAGCUGCUCGUCACGCAACUGCUCGCCCUGCAGACCUCUGAUGACCUCAUUUCCCAGAGGCCUCUGGCUUCAUGUCAUGUUGCCCCCCCUUCUCAGCCUGCUUCUGCAGCCCCAUCCCAAGUCCCCCCCCUGUGUUUGCCCAUUCAGAUUAUGCUGCUACCGCUCAGUAGGAGGUUUAGAUACCACUUCUAUGGGAAUCGGCAGACCAACUCCCUCAGCAAGCCUGAGUGGUACCUCACACAAGUUCUCAUGUGGAUGGGGAACAGCUCCGCUUUCAUGGAGGAAAAGAUCCAACCUAUCCUGGACCGAGCUGAGGCCCCUAUCAGUGCCAUGGUGGAGCUGUGUCGAGGCCUUCUGUGUCUGGUCCAGGAGAAAGUGGCCAGUGACGCCUCCAGGCUGCUGUACGAUGAUGUGCUCUUCUGUCACCUGGUGGAGGAGGUGCUGCAGUUUGAGAAGGAGCUGCGGAUCAACCAGUCAUAUCCCCAGGCGCUUCCUGGUCUGCUCCACCUCCUGCUGGAAGACGCAACCCUUCAGAAGUGGCUCACUGUGGAAAAGAAGAUGGCAGUGGAGAAGAUGGAUGCCAUGCUGUCAGCCGAGGGAGCCUGGAGCUCUCAGUACAAAGAUAUCAGCGACAUGGACGAGCUAAAGGCUCCAGACUGUGCUGAGACCUUCAUGACUCUUCUUCAGGUCAUCACCGAGCGGUACCGGGCCUUGCCCUGUCCUUCUGCACAACUCAAGUUCCUAGGGCUGCAGAGAGAACUGCUGGAUGACUUCCGUAUACGACUCACCCAGGUGAUGAAGGAGGAGUCCCGCUGCCCGCUGGGUGCCCGUUACUGUGCCAUCCUUAACGCUGUUAACUACAUUUCCACCAUCCUGGGCGACUGGGGAGACAAUGUAUUCUUUCUGCAGCUGCAGCAGGCAGCGGUUUCCCUUGGUGAAGAAGUGGUAAUGGGAGGCCUGGGGGUGAUGGAGGUGGGUCGCCUGGCUUCUCUGGAGGGCUCACUGUUUGAAGGCUUGUUGGCGUUGCUGGAUCGACUGAAAGGAGACAUGAUGGGAAGGCUUCUUGAAUGGACCAUGAGAGAAGUCACGGAAAAAGCCAAAGUGUACAGCCAAGAUCGGUGGCUGUCCCUGCCGGCCCAGCAGGAACAGUCUACUAUGACCCUGUCCAGUUCAGCAUGUCCCAUGAUGCUAUGUGUGAGGGACAGAUUGUUGAACCUCCAUCAGGUCCUGAGUUUUUCUUUGUUCCAACUGGCCUGGCAGGGUCUCGCGGAGAGACUGGACCACGUACUGUACCAGGAUGUGAUCCUCUCCAAUCAUUUCAGUGAAGGUGGAGCAGCACAGCUUCAGUUUGACAUGACCAGAAAUCUGUUUCCUCUGUUUGGUCACUACUGCAAAAGACCGGAGAACUUCUUUAAGCAUGUUAAGGAGGCGUGCAUCAUCUUGUGUCUUAACGUGGGCUCUGCUAUUCUGCUGAGGAAUCUCCUCAAAGAGUCAGAGGAGGGGGGGACUGGCUGGGCUGGUGCAGAGAACCCCCCACCAGAGUGUGCUCUCAACGAGCUGGGGGUCUACUGCUUGGCUUCCUGUGACGUGUGCAUUCUCCUCAACCUCAGAGCCUCGUGGCCUGGACAGUAACAAGCUCCCUUAAUGUUUGUAAUUUACUUUGUAAAUACGCUAAGUUUGGACGGAUCCGAGGGUUCAUUAAGUAGUUUUAUGAAGUUAUGAGUGUGUUCACUAUAUUCCAGGGACCCACUAACCUGUAACCUCAGUUGACUGAAUUAUGCGACAACAAUGUAAUGACCAUUGUCAUGUCAAAAUGGACUUUGUAAUAAAAUGUGUCUUAAUGCAUCCUCUCCACUAGCCACCAGGGGCAAAUCCUCACAUAUAAAAUACAUCACUACAUUUAUUACCUCAGUAAAACAUGAGUUUGAAGUUGAAAUAAUACAACCAGUACUUAAAACAGCUAAUGUGAGUAGAAUAUGCAUUAAAUCUAAGGGAAGAGGAGGAUCUGAUAGCUGGUGUGGACACAGUUACUUUUACUGAAAUUAUAGUGAGGAAAGCAAUAACGUUAACUCCGCCCUCCCUCAUGCAGCCCGGACUCCAUGUACUUUUCGGUCGGACCGCCAGCGCCGCCCCCGCCAGCCGUUGUUCACGCUGAUCGUCCGUGCCCCGCGUACGUGGGCAAACACCCCUGAUCUAGGUUAUUACAGAUGUAUUUGAUGCUGUUUAUUUCAUGUGAUUAUUAGGGUUAAUUUGCAACCUUUGUUGAUUCAUUUUCAUAUUGUUCAUCAUGUUAUAUUUAUAUCAUGAAAGAGGGGAAAUGUGUUGUUUAUUAAGCAAUAAAUAAUGACAGUUAUGAUCAGG